AUGCCUAUCCUCGAUAAGGAGAACCGCCCCCGCGGGCUGCGGAUGCCGUCGCUUUCCGCCAUCAAAGGAGGGCUCAAGAAGCAACAGACAUCUGAACCCUCGCCGCAAAAGGAUUUCCAUCCCGUCCAGCUGCCAGCUGCUUCAUUGUAUCCUACCGACACUGUACCUGUGUUACCUUCCGCCAGACCGCAAGAGAAAGAGUUGCCGCCGAACCCGCUGUCGGGGCCGCCCUCCAGCUCGCCCCCCGCCGUCAACGCCAAUGACUUCAACGACCGACCUCUUCCUCGGUUUCCUCGAGUCCCCGUGCCUAAACCCGAGGAACCGGCCGCUCCAGUUAUCCUACAAGAAACGCCGCCUCCGACCGAAGAACCGAAGCUUCCCGCCGACCCCGGAUCGGAUCGCUCUCCGAAUGCCCAGGUUCACCAUACUUAUUUCCCCUACCGCGAUCCGAGUCCAAACCACGGGCAAUCGGACGAUACGGAUGAUCCGUUGGAAGACUUCAUUCCGGAGCCCGAGCCCGAGCCGGACGUGGAUGGGACUGACGCGCCCAUCGAGCCGAUGUCCAGCGAGGAGAACAAUGGACCUUGGACACCGCCGGAUAUCGAGCCCGUUGCGGCGCCGUUGAACAAGCUUCACUUUGCGUGCUACCAGGGCCACCGGUCCAUGCCGGCGGCUAACAAUGCCUGGUACCCGCUGCCAUGUAUGACCUGCCAGAAAUUCGACCGAGAGGUGCGAUUUCGAUGCGUGUUCUGCUGUCUGCGCAUCUGCGCCGGCUGCAUGCAGACCCUCCAAAAACUCCCCAAUCGGUCGCUAGAUCAAUUGAUGGAGACCAUCACUUCUCCCGAGUAG